AUGAAAAUCACGGUUGUGGGAUCUUUGAACUAUGACUUAGUCACCUUCACCGAUCGGGUGCCAGCUGCUGGUGAGACCUUCCAGGCAAAUGCAUUCGAAAACCACCUUGGCGGUAAAGGUCUUAACGAGGCCAUCGCUGCUGCCAGGUUGUUGCCUAAGAACUCCGACAUCAGUGUCAGAAUGGUAGGCAAUGUCGGUGAUGAUACCUUUGGAAAGGAGUUGAAACAGGCGUUGGUGGACGCCAGCGUGGACACCACUCACGUCAAGACUAUCGCCAACAAGUCAUCAGGAGUGGCAGUGAUUUUGGUGGAAAAGCACAAUGGAGAGAACCGUAUCUUGAUCACGGGUGGAGCCAACGAUGACUUGAAACCAACUGCAGAAGACUAUGUCCAGUACUUCCCCGAAUCCGAGCCCGAGUUCGUGAUGUUGCAGAAUGAGUACCCCGAUACCAUCAACACCAUCGACUGGAUCAAGACUAACAGGCCAGCCAUCAACAUCGCCUACAACCCUUCCCCAUUCAAGCCUGAGAGAAUCAGCAGCAAGACGUUGAAGCAGAUCGAUCUCUUGAUUCUCAACGAGGGAGAGGCUUUGGACGUCGCCAAGUUCUUGUUAAGUGACAGUGAACUCGAGCAAUUCCAAAGCUCGAUUGAAACCGACAAGGUCCAAGGAUUCUCCGACUUGGCCAGAAAAUUGCAAAGUUUGAUCAACCAUGACAACGUUCAAACCAUCGUCAUCACCAUGGGAGCCAAGGGUUCAAUCUAUGUUUCAAAAGAAAGCAAAGAUGUUGCCUUCGAGCCAUCUAGAAAGAUUGAAAAGGUUGUCGAUACCACUGGUGCUGGUGACACAUUUUUUGGGGGUGUGGUAACAAAACUUGCUUCUGGUAAGAAGAUUGAUGAGGCAGUCAAGUAUGCAACUAUUGCCAGUAGUUUGGUGAUUCAGAAGAACGGUGCCGUCGAAAGUAUUCCAACUUUCGAGCAAGUGAUUUAG